AUGAAAUUUAUUAGUGUUUUACUCCUUUUAAUUUUCAAUUCGAUAUUAUGGAGUAUAAUUAAUUCUGUUAAAAAUAAUAAAAAUAAAAACGAGAUGAUUAGAGUUGAGAAACCCUCAAAGAAUUUAUAUAAAAUAUUUAAUGAUGAGGCUGAAUCAUCGGUUGCUCUUCAACUUGAAAAAUAUAGAGAAACUCUGAAACCAAAUACCAAAAUUACAAAAAAGCAAAAAACUGAAAAUAAUGAAGAAAAAAAGUUAAAAAGAAAAGAAUAUAUGAAAGAUUACUACCACCAACACAAAAAGGAGAAACAGUGUUAUAAUCGAAAUUAUCAUCAAAAUAAUAAAAAAAAGAUUUGUGAAUCUAAACGAAAAUACCGUCUAAAGAAGAAAAAUGAACGAGAAAUCCUAGAUAAGGAUAGGUCAGAAUUGGGAAACAUACAUGAUAAUAAUGAAAAAACUUCAUUUGUUAGUUCACAAAACGAUGAUUUUAUUAGAAAGGAAACGACGGGAAAUAAUGAAAACGAAAAAAAGUUCAAUAGAACAGAAUAUAAGAAAAAUUACGAUCAAAAGAACAAAGAAAAAAUAAGAGAAUAUAAUAGAAAUUAUCAUUUAAAAAGAAAAUAUGAAAAAGGAAAUUCACAGAAUGAUAAUUAUAUUAAUAAAGGUAAAUCGCCAAUUGAAUGUAGCGAGAAUGUUCAGGCAAAUAAUAAGGAAGGAAAUGAUAAUACUGAAGGAACUGCAUUCGUUAAUCCACUGGCGGAUGAUUGUGAAAAUAAUUUAGCUGACACAAAUGCUUGCCCUUAUGAACAACCAAAUGUUCAACUGCCUUACAGCCCUCAUAUUCAACAACUGGAUAAUCAUGAUGAUUUAAUAGAUCUGAGUUUAUCGGAUGAUUCUUAUUUUUUGGAUUAUCUAAAUUCUUUUCCUAAUACCUGA